AUGGAAACCAAACUUACAGCUUCUCGGGUGGAACGUUUAAAAUUUCAGUUGGGAUUUGGAAGCGUUUUUGUGGUUGACUGUGUGGGAAAGAGCGGUGGUCUAGCUCUCUUUUGGAAGGAUGAUGGAGUGGUGGAAAUCCAAAAUUACAGCCGCCGUCACAUUAAUGCUACGAUAAGGAGUGAAUAUGGGGCACAACCAUGGACCUUAACUGGAUUUUAUGGCAAUCCCGACGUUUCAAAAAGAAAAGAAUCUUGGAAUCUCCUCCAGCACCUCCGCUCAUUAUCAUGUAAUAAGUGGAUGUGUGUGGGGGAUUUCAAUGAAAUUCUUGCAGACUCGGAGAAGGUAGGUGCUAAUAAAAGGCCUAGGUGGCAGAUAAGGGCUUUUCAACAAGCAAUGGAGGCGUGCCAACUCUAUGAUUUGGGAUUUGUGGGCCCAAAGUUCACUUGGAGUAAUAAGAGGGAGGAGGGGCACUUCAUUAUGGAGAGAUUGGACAGAGCUAUAGCCAAUCCUAAGUGGAUGCAAUCAUUUCAGAACUAUGAAGUGGAGGUAUUGGCAAAUCGAUCUUCCGACCAUGCCCCAAUUUUUGUACAAUUCCAUGUAGCAAUGCGUAGCCAAAGGAGAGUAGAAAAGAGAUUUUUUUAUGAAGCUGGCUGGGGAAAACAGCCAAGCAAUAAAAAUUUAAUAAAGACGGUAUGGAGCGUCAACAGCCCAGGGCCCAAUCCAUGGCAAUCAUUCUCAAAUAAAGUGGAGAGGUGCAAGAGGGUAAUUAAACGGUGGCAGAUUAAAGAGAAAGGGCAGGUUGACCAGCAAAUAAAGAAGAAAACGGAGCAGUUAAAGAAUUUACAAAUGGUGGAGACUCAACCGGAGGGAGAAAAAAUUCAUAUGUUGCAGCAAGAGGUGAAUGAAUUAAUUGAAAAGGAAGAGCUGCAGUGGCGCCAACGGGCAAAAGAACACUGGCUGAAAAAUGGAGAUAAAAACACAGUUUUUUCAUGCUAG